AUGGCUUCCUCACAAGCCCUCGAGGCCCUCGGCCACGCCCUCUCCGGUUCCUUUGGCACCGCCACGUCCACCGCAGUCCUCGCGCCGCUUGACCUCGUCACCACGCGCCUCAAAGUUCAGCGACAACUUGACGACCACGCGCAGUACACUGGCGUCCUCGACGCCUUUCGCAGCAUUUUACGCGACGAGGGCCUUGGGGCUUUUUACAGCGGCCUCGGCACCGACAUCGCCAAGUCCGUCAUCGACUCGUUUCUUUUCUUUGGCUUUUACAAUCUUUUGCGGCGGCGCAGCGGCAAAGCGCCCGGCGUGCUGCAAGAGGUGGCAUUUGGCAUGCUCGCGGGCGCUGCAUCCAAAGCGUGCACGGCACCGCUGUCAAAUGUCGUUGCCAGGCGUCAGAUGACGCCGAGCGAGGAGGAUAUGCGGUCGGUGACGCAGACGCUGCGGGAUAUGCGCAGAGAAGGCGGCGUCAAGGCGUUGUGGGCGGGCUACUCGGCGACGCUGGUGCUGACCCUGAAUCCGAGCAUCACCAUGUUGCUGAACAGGAGGCUGGCGGAGCGCGUAAUUCCAAUGCUCGAGGAGGAAACGGACGUGCCGGUCGCGUGGGCGGCGUUUCUGCUGGCUGCGACCAGCAAGUCGGCGGCAACGGCGCUGACGUACCCAUUUCAGACGGCCAAGACGAUGCUGCAGAUUCCGAAUGCGGGCUCGGAUGAAGAGGAUGGGUUGGAGGAGGAGGAAAAGGAAAAGAGGAGGAGAAAGAGGAGAACGUUAUGGGCGAGGCUGGUGGCGGCGUUUGAUCGGACGAUUUUUGGCAUGAUUCUGAGGCUGAUGAAGACGGAGGGGCUCAGGGCGUUGUAUGAUGGCAUGGAGGGUGAGCUGCUCAAGGGAUUUUUUAGUCAUGGCCUGACUAUGCUGGCCAAGGGCUUCUUUCACCGGUUGGUAAUUCGCGUUUGGAUCAUGUCGCAUGCCCGUCGUUCACUCAAGACGUCUGGCUGA